GCAACAAUCUGAUAUGGGGUUGCGAAUAAAGACCAAGCAGUGGUGGUACUGCGUCCGCCCAGAGAGGUACGAGCACGAUCUUUUGUUGCUCGAGUUAACAUGGCAUGUUGUCACGGAGCUGCGACGGAAGCUUCUCUGCGUCGCAGCAUCGUCCUGGUACUAGAUGGAUGCGAGGUCUAUGUUAUGUUACGUGGAGGCACCACCACAUGACGGAGAGGUGCACGGUCGGUUGCUACAAAGAGAGACAGAGAGAUCAGCUGCGCUGUGCUUGUUGCAGGAGAAGAGGGCCUGCCACCAUUAAAGAAAGGAAGGAAGGAGGAGACGGCCUAGUCGUGGCCCCCCUCGACGCGGCGGCCACGAUCGAGCAGCGCGGGGGUCCAAACCGAGUCGUUUUCUCCCUCCAACCUCCACAGGAUCCGCGGCAAAAUUCCUUCUUCUUUCUUGUCUUCGUACAAGGCGAUGCUGCGGCCGCAGCAGCCCACCAGCCGCUCUCCGGUCGCGUGUUUCUCCGCUCGGCCCUGCUCCUAGCUGCCGCCCUGCGCGCGGCAAUGCCGGCGUCGCCGUCUUCUCGGUCCCCGGAGAUCACCAGCGUCUGCUCUGGCUCCGAGUCCGAGCCCGAGGAGCCGUCGCCUGUGACAGGCGGCGGCGGGUUCGUGGUGCAGCUGGUGUCGAGGGAAGUCUCGGACGGGCUCCUCGGCAAGUUCGCGGACACCAGCGAGUUCGACUUCGACUACGGCAGGAGCGGGCUCUGGUCGCCGCUGGUGCUGCGGCCCGAGGUCCUGCUCCUCGCGCACUCGUCGGCGUCCUCCUCGGCCCGGCGCCGGCAGCGGCGGUGGCGGUGGCGGAAGCGGAGAAAGAUGCUCUGCCGCUGCUUCUCAUAAUCUGAUGUGAUUGACAUUCGCUUUGGAUGCUUCUUCUGAGAAGGAACUGCUCCUCAUGGUGGUCUGCUCUGCAGACUGCUGUACAUACGAUGAUCAAAGACCAACCAGUAGCAAGAGGGCGUGUAAGUACGUGGUCACAGUACAGCAACACUGCUUCGUGGUUGGUGGUGAUCCUGAGAAGCGCCCCAGGUGGUGCGCUGUAAUUGCUACAGGAUUUUGCUGAUGAUUCUACUGUUGUGGUUGGUAAUGUUCCAUGAGAUGUUUGUUCAUGUGCUGUAUCUACUCAAACCCAUGGGCCAUGGCCGUGUUGUGGUUAAUUUGUACUGGUAGAGCAAAGUAAAGGUGGACUUUAUCGAUCAUGUGCAGCGCGCAAGAAAAGUUUCAUCUUUGAAUAGAGCCGAAAGGAAUAUUUGCAUGGUGGGUAUGUCGUGGCGUGUUUAUUAUGAAGGGAGGUGACUGACAGCACAUUGACAUGAUCAUCUCUAGAACUAAUUAAUUCAGCUGCAAGACAGACAAAA